CAGAUCAAUUAGUACAUCCAAAAUCUAAAGAUCCAGCAAUCUACCGCUAAAUAUCAUCAACAUGAAGGUUUUCGUUUGUGCUUUGGUAUGCUUGGCCGUGGUUGUUGCUGAACCACCAGUACCAAGUAACCGUUAUCUCCCAGGAGCAACCUUCAACAGUGCUGUAACUAAAUACGAAGGCAAUUUCCCAUCUGCAACUUAUGGAACACCCACUCAAUACAGCAUUCCUUCUCAACAUUAUCUUCCUUCUCAAUACAACGCUCCUUCUCACCAAACUUACAACACCCCUUCCACUCAAUAUGGUGCACCAACGCAAUAUAAUCAACAUGAAGAAUCUCAACCAAUUAUUUCAUCAUCCCAAUACGUUGCACCAUCGACUCAGUAUGGAGUUCCAUCUCAAUAUAACGCCCCAUCUUCCCAAUACGGAGUUCCAGCUGUAAGAUCUAACACCCCAUCGACAACCUAUGGCGUUCCCUCUGCUAAAUAUGGAGUACCAUCAGCUAGAUACGGAACUCCAAGUUAUGCUAGAUCAAACUAUGAAGAACACUCCGAACCAGCUAACUACAACUUCCAAUACGAUGUUCAAGAACAACACGAAGGUACCGAUUUCGGACACGCUGAAACUCGCCAAGGUGAACACGCUCAAGGUAGAUAUUACGUUACUCUUCCUGAUGGUAGGAAACAAACCGUUGAUUACACCGCCGAUGAACAAGGAUUCAAACCACAAAUUUCCUAUGAAAAAACCAACAACUACGCUUCCAGAUCUGGAAACUACAACAAUCAAGGUUACGUAAAUGGGGGAUAUUCUCAAAAUGGAUAUUAAUUUUUAAAUUAAAACGAAAAUUCAAUUACUUUAUUGACGAUCAACUUUGUACCUGUGAAAUGAUUCCCUAAUAAAAAUUUUAUUUGUA